GGGGUUGGACAGCUAGCACUGCUGAAGUUGGGAACUUACUGCAAACAGCUCCCUUGUCUUCCCUGUUAUUCUGUAAAUAAUACAUAUUCUCAACAUUUAAUGAGAUUUCAACACUUUGCUGUGUACUUUUGAGAGAUUUUUCUUCCUACAUGAAAUAGACAAGCCCUAUUUCCUGCCCUGCUGAGGAUCUACAAUCCGGACAUUACUGAGACAUUUCCAGAAGGAUCGUCCAUAAUUGUAGAGAUAAUGAGUGAAUACAAGACAAUUGUUCUUCAACAAGGAUUAGAGGACGUGGCUGUGGAUGACUACCAGUUUAGGAAAAUCAAGUCCUUACUAAGAAAAAAACUAAAUCUAACAAAAAAGAUGCAAGAUGAUUAUGACAGAAUUCAGAUGGCUGACCAGUUGGAGGACACAUUCCCAAAAGAUGCUGGACUGAACCUGUUGAUAAAUGUGUGUGAAAGCAUUAAAGAACUUGAAGACCUUGCUAAAAGGCUUAAAACAGAGAGAGCAAAAGUUAAAAAGCAAAAGACAAGAAAAAACAAAACUGCAGUGAAAAAAGGAAAGCAAGAAGAACCCAGUAGUUCCCGAUCUCUUUCCACCGACAAUGAAUCAGACAAGAGCGAACCCUCUGCACAGAAAAAGAGAAAACAAACCAUAAAAACUGAAGGUGGCAAGAAAAUGAAGCUUACCCAGGAGCAGACUCAGUUUCUAGAGCCUUCAGGAAGCAACCCACAAAAAGAUGAAUGUUGUCUCCAGACUCCUCAUAAGCCUCCCCCAACACCAUCCAGCAGUUCCUCAAACAAGAAAAACACAAACAUCAAAAAACAGAGUACCAUAAAGACACAGGUUUCCCAGAAAAAACAUCAGCUUCUACAAUUUGCAGCAACCAGCAACUCCUCAGCUGCCAGGAAACUCCAGACUCUUCCAGAAGUUUCAGCAGCAGCAGCAGCUUCUAACAGCCUCCAGACUUCUCAGACUCCAACAGAAACAUGCUUCACUUUAAGAACAUCUCUAGGCUUUUCAGUACCACUUUGCCAGAAUUUUCCAACGUCUCCAGCAUCAGACUCUAGCAUCCAUCUGAACUCUCCAGUGCCUCUAACACUGUCCAGUGGUGUCCAGGAUCCUCAGGUACCUCCAGCAACAAUAUCUGGUAAUAUUUGGGUCCCUCACAUGCCUUCAAAAACAGUGUCCAGCUUUCUCAGUACUCCUCAGAUGUCUCCAGUAUCCAUGUCCAGUAAUGCCCAGAACAUUCACCUACCUACAGCAGCAGCAGCCAGUAGCAAACAGUCUCCUCAGAGUCCUCAAGUAAUAACAUCCAGGCCUGCCAAAACCCCUAAAGGGCCUUCAGCAACAUUGAAAAGGGAAGCCCCGGUCAGAAUAGCAAUAGCAUCCAGCAAUAUUCAGGUUCCCAAUGCUCUUCCAGAAGCAGUGUCCAGAAAUGACAGCACCACCCAGGUAUCUCAAAGAGCAACAUCCAGUGGCAUUCAGACUCUUAACUCUGCUACAGUAAAAGCACCCAGGAAUGCCAAUGUCCCAGGUCCCUUAGGAACAGGACAUAUUUAUUCCCUGACUUCUUCGGUUUCUCCAGCAACAGCAUCUAGGAGUCUGCAGACUUCUCAAGUACUUCUAUCAACAACAAUCAACAGUCUUCCAGCUCCUCAGGUUUCUAUACCAAUAGGAACAAGCAGAGUACAGACCACUCAAACACACCCAGGAGCAUCAUCCAACAUAAUCCAGGCUCUAAAUGCUCCUCCACAGACAGAGUCCAGAAGUGUGUGCACCAUUCAAGGGCCUCAAGGAGUAUCAUAUGGUACUGGACAGGCUCUUCCCUGUUCUAAAGAAAAAGCAUCAAGGAGUGUCCAUGCUCCUCAGAUGCCUUCAGCAACAGCAUCAGAAAGUCUCCUGGCUACAUGUGGAUAUCCACCAACAGCAUCUAGCUCUCUCCCGGAUCCUUGGGUGUCCCCAGCAACAGCAUCCAGUGCUCUCCAGGCUCCUCUGGUGCCUCCAGCAGCAGUAAUCAGCAGUCCAUCAAGGACACCAAAGAAGGGAAACUUACCAAAGGAGCCUUCUAAGGUAGAAGGUCACCAUCAAGAUCCCAUACAAGUGAUGGUGUUGAAAGUAACAGAACCAUUUACUUAUGAUUUGAUUGAUGACAAAAGGAUGUUCCAUGCCACAGUGGCUACUGAGACUGAAUUCUUCAGAGUCAAGGUUUUUGACACAGCCCUAAAGAACAAGUUCAUCCCAAAAAAGAUCAUUACCAUAUCAGAUUAUUUUGGCACCAAUGGAUUCCUGGAGAUAUAUAGAGCUUCCUGUGUGUCUGAUGUGAAUGUUAACCGAACAAUGGUUAUCUCAAAUACACUGAGGCGAAGAGCCAAUGGAACUCCUAAAAUUAAGGAUCUUUUCUCUCAAAUAAAAGGGACAUAUGUGAAUGGAGAGUUUGAGGUAACUAAGAAAAAUGAAAGGGGUGACUUCAUUUACUAUGGGAUUGAAGAUGAUACUGGGAAAAUGGAAGUGGUGGUCUAUGGACGACUGACCAGUAUCAACUGUGAGCCAGGCAAUAAACUUCGACUUGUCUGUUUUGAAUUGACCUCAAGAGAAGAUACAUGGCAGCUGAAGUCUGUAAGGCACAGUUACAUGCAGGUUAUCAUUGCCAGAAGGAGAGGCACUCAAUCCUGAUUCAGUUAUGAAAACCUCUGUAGAACCAUACUUGUGACAAUCUCGAUGCCAAGGAUACUGUUUAUGGAGAUAAGAAACAAGUCCAGAGAGUGAAUGUAUAUAUGACCUGUUGAAAUACCAUACCUAUGAAAGCCAGCUUUUUGUUUGUUUGUUUUUUUGUUUGUUGUUUUUUCAAGAGGGGAUUUCUCUGUUUAGUCCUUGCUAUCCUGGAAAUCACUUUGUAGACCAAAUGUCCUGGAACUCAAGGAUCUGCCUGCCCCUGACUUCCAUGUGCUGGGAUGAAAGGCAUCCCAGUGCCACCACUGCCCUGCCUGCU